AUGCCAGACGGGUUGGAGGGGCUGGAGCUGUGGUCAACCAUCAAAAAUGACAGAUUCUGGAGCAUUGGUGAGGAAGACCUUGUUCAACAAAUAUACGCUGCAUUCAAGUUGGAGACAAACCGGCUUCGACAUGCUUGUGCUAUUGAACGUAGCACUCCACCAGUGUUGAAUGGAAGCUUGCCGCGCACACCAUCAGAGAUAUUGUUCGACAACGAAAAUUACGACGAGGUCAACAGGACGUAUGUUGGCAUUCUUGCGUUGAGAUGGAUAUGGAACAACGACUACGAAAGGUUUACUAAAGGACAGGUCGAGUCGCUGAAAUUGACACGGAAGUCUUUUCAAUGGCUUCGCAGCUAUUUCAAGGAUAUAUUGCGAACGCCGAUGGAUCUUCUCUCGAUUGUGCUGGCGCUGGUCGUGAAUGAUCUAGGCAAAGACCCUUCCCUGGUCGACGACCAUUACGGGCUCACAAAAAGGCCCUUGUACGGUAAGAAUCACGAUGUCGUUUUGCUUGAAGCCGCGCGAGAGGGAAUGGUUCCGUCACUGAGAUACCUUGACAAAGCCCACCACACGGAUAUCAUGCUUGGUUUAGAGCUCGGUUCAGAACUUAAUGCUGCCCAAUUAGCACAGGCUGAAAACGUUCCCGUCAACCUAGAAGGCUUGCUAGCUAUGGAAGGCCAUGAGCGUGCAUUCAACCUGAAAUUUAUCGAACAAAUCCUGGACGUAGCUGGUGCUGCUGGUCACAUCUAUGCAGAUGGAGUCAAAACCUUGAUUGAACCAGUCUUUCAAGCCUUCAAAACGGUUCACGAGGUAUCGCUAUGCAUAAUACGAAAAGAUUGCACAUUGCGGGAAGGGUACGACCAAGUCCUUUCUAAAAGAGCCGCAUUGCUGCACAGGGAGGGCUUCACGCUUUUAUCAGUGGCUAAUGAGGGUCAAAGAGCACUGCUGCGGCUGCUUACUAUGGGUAGAGCAGCCACGUUGGCACAGGCGAAACUCUUCGAAGCCGCUUUCAACACCCUCGCGGACCCCUACAAGGAUCUAUUGAUAAAGGGCCUCAAUGUCGACGCAAUCGAUGACAACGAGACUGCUGUAAUUCCAUACUACAUGCCGGCGAUGAUCGCGGAGACCAUUCGAGGCACCCGAGGAUCGGGGAAGGAGCAAGAAGCAUUGAUGGCAUUGAUGCGGUAUCUAUCAAGAACACUUGAUUACGAUGGCACAGAGAUAUCAGAUUUGCAGACAUCUCCUUCGCCUUUGCGGGAAAGUUCAGCUACAUGGCCUCUACCACGUCUAUCGCUGAAAGCCCCUACCAACACAGACUUUGAGCACAGACAACGCAGAGAAGGUCGCGUAAUAGAGCGGAACAUGAGCAGAGCACGAGAGACGAUCAGUAGUCCGCAAUUCAAGGAGAAUCCAAGCGUCCUCGACAGUUUGCCCCCACCUGAGGGGCAUCUUCUAUCACGACGUCGGACGAGCUAUUCGGGUUGA